UUAAACAAAAAUAAAUAGAUCAAUAAAAGAAAUCCUUUUCGGCAGCUUUCUCACGAAACAUUUCCAAGAAAAAUCUCACUUUUUUUUGGACAUGUUACAUGGUAAUGGUCAACACCUGUAAUAUGCUUGUUGUACAUAUUUGAGUGCUUAUUCUUUUUCCAGCUCCUUUUGGUGGAUCUGGUCAGAAGCAAAGACCCAUUAUUUUCAAGAUUGAAGAUUUCGCAGAAGGUGCUAAUAUUUUUCUUAAAAUUUUACCUCCUCAAUCAUUCAAGAUAAACCCAUUAUUUUUCUUUCUUUUUUUUUUUUUUUUUUUCAAUUCAUUUGUUCUAUUCCGUUCCUAAGUUUCAAUUUUUGCUGAAAAAAAUUUGGUGGGUCUUCGAGAAUUUGCUUGUACAAGCUCGGAAUAUAUCAAAAUUGGGGGUUUAUUUGGGAAAGUCGAAUUGGGUCGGUUUCAGAGGAGGGAAAUUUGAAAGCUUUGGCGGGGUUUUGGCGACCAAGGCUUUUCUGGGUUUUUUGUUUUGUGAGAGGGGUUUUUGGUUUUGAUGAAAUGUUAAGUGUAUUACGAUUGAACAACAUAUGGGUGUUUUAAGGACAAGUUGUUUCAUAGUUUUGGCUAUUUUGCUAUGUGCUUGGUCAUCAAGAAGCUCGGAUGAAAAGAAGAACUCAGAGGAAGUGCUUCUCAGGCAACUAGUUGAUCCAGCAUCUGGGGAAAUUGAUGGAAACUUGGCGGAGGAAUUGUGGUUUUAUUGCAAGUUGGAUGUGAUCCAUUUGAAGGAAUUUGUCAAAGAACUAGACUUAAGGUUUCCGAAGGAAAUAUUCAGCAGAACAUAUGGAAUUGAUCCAAAGGGCCUGUCACUGGCAAGAGAAAACAUCGAGAAAUCGAUUAGUUUUCUACAUCCUCAGGUGAAGCACACCCUUUUGGAGUGUUUACAAAAGCAUAAUAUUCUCUUACGCGAUUCCGGAGAAGAUAGCGGCUCAAGGAGUUGGUAUUCCAAGUAUUUCGAGUCCAUAUUUCCCGGAGAUAAUGUUCCUAGAAGAUAUCUCCAGACCAUCUCAGGUGCCCCUGCCCCCUCUUCUGCAACUGGAUCACCUAGUCCUAGUCCAGGACCAGCACCUUCCCCUUCUCAACCUCCUAGUUCUGAUCCUCCUGCACCGUCUCCACGAACACAAUUUUCCCCCCCUGUUGUUAAUGAUCCAGAUUUGGGUGUUCCGCCUGCUGAAAACUCUUCUUCCAGUCCUGGAUCAGAUGUACAGCCAGAUAAGAAAAGUAACAGCCACAGAGCAGUUAUAAUUGCUGUUGCUGUAACUGCAUCUGUGACAUUUGUAGUUGUAGCGCUGUUCUUUUUAUGCUGUGGUGGAUUCUGUAAACCUGGGUCUAAAGUAGGAAGAAAUGACGAGAGGCCCUUAUUAAGCCUAAGCUUAAGCGACUUCUCUGUUGGAUCAUCACCUAAGUUUUAUGCAUUUGGGAAUUCAACAAAAGAAGAGGGGCUUGGGCAGCAAUCAUUUGGGAAUAACUCAAGUCAGAACAGAAUGGGGUCUUCCUUGGAUGGAAAUUUUCAUAUGGCCUCUAGUGUUAUCCAUACUUCAUUCAAUAAUACCGUGUCUACCACAGGUGCUUCUGAAUUCAAAACAUUUGAUGUAUUUAACAAUACUAAUCCGCAGGUGCCAAAUCCUCCUCUAAAGCCUCCGCCGGGAAGGGUAGUCCCUACCCCUAUGGGAAUGGGUCCUCUUAAGCCUCCUCCUGGCAGGGCCGAUCCUCUCCCUCCCGAGCCACCUUCUUCAUUUAAGCCUCCUUCCAGCAAGCCCAGUCCUCCUCCCCGUCCUUCUAGCAAGCCCCCUCCUCCCCCUCCUGUACCACAGCCCUCCCAGAAACCUGCUGGUAGCCAGGGUCCUCCUCCUCCUCCCAAGCCAUCUCCGCCUCCACCCCCAUCUCCGUUGCCUUCUGGUUCCAGCACUGGUCCUCGCCCACCACCACCACCACCUCCAAAAGGUGGUGUUCCUCCUCGACCUCCUCAAUUGCCCCUAGGUCCAAAGGGAGCUAGGCCUCCGCCACCUGCUCCUAAACACCCAUUAAACGCUUCUUCUAGUGAGGGAGCUGACUUGGAGGGCGAAGCUGAUGCUCCUAAAGCCAAGCUGAAGCCAUUUUUUUGGGAUAAAGUUUUAGCAAACCCUGAUCAUUCAAUGGUUUGGCAUCAGAUUAAAUCCGGAUCAUUUCAGUUUGAUGAAAAUAUGAUAGAGACUCUUUUUGGUUAUGCUGCUACCGAUAAGGGUAAAAGUGAACAGAAAAAAAAUUCUCCAUCCCAGGAUCCUUCACCCCAGUUUAUUCAGAUUAUUGAUCCAAAAAAAUCGCAAAAUCUGGCAAUUCUUCUGCGGGCAUUAAAUGUGACAAUAGAAGAAGUUUGUGAUGCACUCCGUGAAGGAAACGAGCUUCCCUUGGAAUUCCUUGAGAGCUUGUUGAAAAUGACACCAACAACCGAUGAAGAACUAAAGCUUAGAAUGUUCAAUGGAGAGCUUUCUCAACUUGGGCCUGCUGAGCGGUUCCUUAAAGUGUUGGUUGACAUACCAUUUGCUUUUAAACGAUUGGAAGCAUUGCUUUUCAUGUCUACGCUUACCGAGGAGGUUGCCAUCGCUAAAGAGUCCUUCGCAACUCUAGAGGUAGCUUGCAAGGAACUCAAAAACAGCAGACUUUUCCUCAAGCUGCUGGAAGCUGUUCUCAAAACUGGAAAUCGCAUGAAUGACGGAACAUUUCGUGGCGGUGCACAAGCGUUCAAACUUGACACACUUUUAAAAUUGUCAGAUGUAAAAGGAACAGAUGGAAAGACAACACUCUUGCACUUUGUUGUUCAGGAGAUUAUCCGCUCCGAGGGCAUAAGAGCUGCCCGUGUAGCCAGAGAAAACCGGAGCCUCUCCAGCAUAAAAUCAGACGAUCUUCUUGAAGAAUCUUCAAAUGAUGUGGAAGAGCAUUAUAGGAGUCUUGGUCUUCAAGUAGUUUCGGGUUUGGGAAACGAACUCGAGUAUGUCAAGAGAGCGGCACUUUUGGAUGCUGACAGCUUAACAGGAACCGUAGCCAAACUUGGUCAGUCAUUGCUAAAAACCCGGAAAUUCUUGAAUUCAGAAAUGAAGAACUUGGAAAAAGAUGGUGGCUUCUGUCAAACACUUGAAAACUUUGUGCAGAAUGCCGAGGUGGAAAUCUCAGUGCUUUUAGAAGAAGAAAAAAGAAUCACAGCUCUAGUGAAGAGCACCGGUGACUAUUUCCACGGAAAUGCAGGGAAGGAUGAAGGUUUGCGAUUGUUUAUCAUUGUUCGAGAUUUAUUGAUAAUGUUAGAUAAGACAUGCAGAGAGGUGAGAGAGGCACAAAAAAAGCGCUCAAAAGUACCGAAAAAGGAAACAUCUUCCUCAGAUGUACGCCAGCUUGCAGCUCCAACAUCUACCUCUGAUACUCGCCAGUCUCCUGUCGAUCUACGUGAGCGUCUUUUCCCGGCUAUCACAGAUCGACGAAUGGACAGUUCUAGUUCGGAUGACGAGAGUCCAUAGGUUUUGAUUUGGAAAAAGGUAUUGAGAUUAAAUGCUUGGUUGAGGGAAUUAUUGUUGAUUACUUAAAAGAUGUCUAAUAUGCGAAGAUGUUCUCUGAUUGUUCUGGCUGUUGUUAUGAUGAUAGAAGAUUGAACAUUGUGAAAACCCGUCGGUUCUUUCAUCAACACCGCUCCAUAAUCGACACCGCUCCAUAGUCGAUCAAGAGAAGUCCUUCGAGACGAUUUACCCGUUUCACCAAACAUCAAAAGAGGAAGUGACCAUUGUGGACCUCAUGGAUUUCGUCUGUAGGAAGUCCAACAUGUGAUUAGUCAUUAAUUUUGUCUCCUAUGAUUCUUUUUUAGAAGUUCCUUUUGUUGAUUCUUUUUUUUUUUUAAUGUAAAAAUUUGUAGCUAGACAGAUGAGAUUUAGUUGGAACUUUAUGUAGUUGAUUUUAUUCCUUUUCCCUUCGAGGAAAUUCGAUCUUUUAGCCUUGAAAUUCGAACAAACAAGAAGGAAAGUACCGUUUUUACACAUCGCCAAAGUACUUUUUUGAAA